AUGACACGGAUACUAUUGCCUUUCGCUGCACUCGUCGCCGCACUAUCACCACUCGUACAUGCGGGCAUCAAGUUCACAUCGCCGGCCGCUGGAGCGCAGCUUACGGCAGGUACCGCCAUUGCAGUGCAAUGGACCGAGGGCGACACAGGACCUAAGCUCUCCGAAUUGCAGAGCUACCAGCUGCAGCUGAUCGUAGGGGGCAAUAAAGGCGACGAGCAGUUCGUAGCAACCACGAUUACGCCGAGCGGUCUUUUCACUGCGGGCAACCAAGCCUCAGGACGCAUCGAGACAACCAUCUCAGAGGACCUCAAGAGUGCCAAUGCUUACUUCGUCAAGAUGAUUGCAGUCGCAAAGACUGGUGGUCAGCUCAUUGCUUACUCGGACCGCUUCUCCUACUCGGGCAUGACGGGCAAGAAUAUUCUCAAUCCCGUCGUCAAGGACGCUGCUCUCGCCGUAAAGGAUACGAAAGGGCCUGCCGCCGAGGAUACCACGGCCAAAGAUGACACCGCGGCCACGGACACUGCCAAUGACGACCUCUACAACGUGGAAUACACAAUGCAGACGGGCCCGACACGGUACGCGCCCAUGCAACCCGUACCACCGACCAAGAUCACGGCGACGAACACGAAGCCGCUGUACCCCACAAGUAGCGUGCAGAUUGCGAAGACGAGGCUGCCGAUACCUAGUCAACAGACUACGCUCACGGCUUCCCAGACAUACUCAGUCUCGAGUGUGGAGAACACGGUUGCCCCUGCACCCCACGCAACUGACGACAUGGCCAAGUUCCUCAGACGCUGGGAAGACUAG